UAACUCGACGAAAAUACGAAAUCUGUUGUGAAUUUGUAAAUGAAUUGUGAGUUCUAACACUUCGUACGGUCAUCGCUCAGGCGUUCGGCGAGUACUAUUGAACCACCGAACCAAAGAAUUGAGACCGUUACGAGAUUUGUUAACCGUGUUCAGUAUUUUCAUUGUCGUUGGUUUUUCAAUCGCGGUCAAAGAAUCGAUCGGCCAAACCAAAAUUGGUACAAGUGCCUACGACGUGCACAAUAGUACUCUGCACAACAAGUUACCUACUUGUAACUGAUGAAACAACAUGCCUGACGGUGACGAUUUAAAAUGCUUGAUUGCCGAAGAAAAACUCGAAACUCCUUCAACAUUUUCAUUCCCAUUUACUCCAUACGGGAUCCAACAUGAUUUCAUGUCAGAACUUUAUUCAGCUAUAGAAGGCAAGAAACUAGGAAUUUUUGAAAGUCCUACUGGAACUGGUAAAACUUUAAGUAUUAUUUGUGGGGCUGUACGUUGGUUACUUGAUCAUGAAAAUAGAGAAUGGACACAACUCAAGCUGGCACUCGAGUCACUUACUAUGAAAAACGAAGAAACUAAUAAUGAUGAUGAUGAUGAUUGGAUCACUGGACAAGCUAAAUUAGCAGAACAACAACAUAAAGUAUAUGAAAUAAAUAAAAUGCUUAAAUCAUUGGAAGAAUUCAAUAAUAAUAUUGAAAAAAUUAAAAAGGAACAAGAGGUUAAAAAAAAUAAAGUCAAGUCAUUGGCAACUAAAACAUUAAACAAAAAAAAUUCCAUUGAAAUAGAAAAAGACAAAGAUUUUUUUGAUGAAGAAAGUGAAUAUUUACUCGAAGAUUAUGAUCAAUUGUCUUCUGUGGAUGAUUUUGAAGAAAUAUCCGAUGAAAAAGUCCAGUAUGAAGGAGUCAAAAUUUAUUUUUGUAGUCGUACUCAUUCUCAAUUAUCACAGUUUGUGGCUGAACUGAAGAAAAGUCCAUUUUCCACUUCUCGUAUUAUACCAUUAGCGUCUCGUCAAAAUUAUUGCAUAAAUAAAACAGUGAAAACAUUAAAAAAUGUUACUUUAAUGAAUGAAAGAUGUUUAGAAAUGGGAAAAAAAAAGACUUCUGAAAAACCUACCAAAGUGUCUUCAGCUGGUUCAGUAGUUAAGAAAAAAAAAUCUGAAACUUUAUGCAAAUGUGUAUAUAACGAUAAAGAUAAAAUUCAAUCAUUAGCCGAGGAAGUAACUACAGAAUUAAGAGAUAUGGAAGAAUUAGUAAAUAGAGGAGAUCAAAUAUCUGCUUGUCCAUAUUAUGCUAGUAGAGAAUCUAUAAAGUAUGCCCAGAUUAUAACUUUACCAUAUAAUACAUUAUUACAUAAAAGUACCAGAGAGGCAAGUGGCAUCCAUCUUGAGGGUAAUGUAUUCAUUAUUGAUGAAGCUCAUAAUUUAUUAGAUACUAUUGGUCAUAUACACAGCUCACAAAUAAAUGGUCAACAGUUGACCCAUAGUUAUAGCCAGUUAAUACAGUACAAGAACAAGUUUGAGUUAAGGUUUAGUGCCAAUAAUUUGCUGCAUUUGAAUCAGUUAAUUUAUGUUAUUGGAAAGCUCAUUAACAUGCUUGGUGGUACUCCGGGUGUUAGUUAUACGGAAAAUAGUCGAAUAAAAGUUGAGUCAAAAGUUUACACGCUUGAAAAUUUUGUACAUCAAGCCGAAAUUGAUCAUCUAAACAUGUUCACUCUUGUUGACUUUUUUAAAAGAAGCAAGAUAGGUCAAAAAAUUAGAGGUUAUUCUGAAAAAUAUAUGCCUUCAGUAUCAUUGCAACCAAUUAAACCUAAACUAAGCAGUUUACAAACUUUUCUCAAAGAAAUUGAAGCUAAAAAAAAUAAAGGCAAAGAACUAAAAAAAGAUAACAAACAUACUGAGCCACAAGUCACAGAUAUAAUUAGCAACAACCCUCUUACACCAGUAAUGGCAUUUAUAGAGUCAUUAACAAAUUGCUGCGAAGAUGGUCGUAUUAUUAGUACUACACAGCCAUUAGUUGGCAAAGGAGUAUUUAAAUUUUUACUUCUGAACCCUGCAGUUCAUUUUAAAGAAAUUGUUGAUAAAGCUAGGUCAGUGAUUGUUUCGGGUGGAACAAUGGAACCUAUAUCCGAGUUUAAGGAUCAGUUGUUCAAUUUCAAUGGUGAUAAUUCUGAUAGAAUUGUGCAUUUCAGCUGUGGUCAUGUCGUACCACCAGAUCACAUCUUACCAUUGAUUGUAUGUUCUGGGCCAACUGGUAAACAAUUAGAUUUUUCUUAUCAAGAGAGAACUUCAAUUAAAAUGCUUAAUGAAAUUGGUUCAUUACUAGAAAACAUUUGUCGAACAGUUCCUGCUGGAAUUGUGUGUUUUUUUCCUUCUUAUGACUAUGAACAGCUUGUUUAUCAGCAUUUAGAGAAAAACAAGGUUAUUAAUAGACUUUCAGAAAGAAAAAAAGUGUUUAGAGAACCAAAGUUAACUAAUCAAGUUGACGAAGUUUUGAAGAAUUAUUCGCAAGCCAUUACAAAAACAUCGCCUACUAAUCCUAAAGUAACGGGUGCAUUAUUAUUUAGUGUUAUUGGUGGAAAGUUAAGUGAAGGUUUGAAUUUUAGUGAUGAUCUGGGACGUUGUGUUAUUGUCAUUGGUCUUCCAUAUCCAAAUAUUAAGUCACUUGAAUUACAACAGAAAAUGAACUAUCUUAAUAGCCAUAUGGGUCAAGGUACUGGGCAACAGCAUUAUGAAAAUUUAUGUAUGAAAGCUGUAAAUCAAUCAAUUGGUCGUUCUGUACGUCAUCAACGAGAUUAUGCGGCAGUAUUACUUUUAGAUCAUCGUUACCAAAGAGAUAAUGUUUGCAAUGCUCUUCCUAAAUGGUUGCAACCUUCUUUACAAGUACAUUCCAAAUUUGGAUCAGCAUUUGCUCAGUUAAAUAAGUUUUUUACAGCAAAAAAGAAAUUACAACAAUGAUCAUUUGAUUUUAUAAAUAAAUUUCAAGAUGCUACAAUUAGUAAAUAUUUUAAAAUUUAUUUUUUAAUCAAGAUUUUCAUUUCUUAGUUAUUUUUUACUUUUCAUACUUUGUUUUAAAAAAUUAACUGUUUACUUUUUAUUUUACUUUUAAUGUUUUGUUUUAUGAACUAUUCCUAUAUGAUGAAACUAUGAGUUACGUUUUUAAAUUCAAUGAAUAAUGUAUGAAUAUGACUCACAGUCUUAGAAUUAAAUAUUUGUAAUAAAGAAUAUUUUUAGAAAAAUAAAUGUAUAAUAAUAUCAUAAAAUGUAUUUUGCCAAAAUUGUAUUAAACUAGUAACUCAGUUUU